AUGGAUGAAUGUAGGAUAUACUGUGCAUUGUUUGAAGGGGUGGCAAAACGUAACAGUAACAGUAGUAGUCGUAGCAGUAGCAGCAGUAGUAAUAGUAGCAAUAGUAACAAGAGUAGUAGUAAUAGAAGUAACAGUAGUAAUAGUAGUAGUAGUAGUACUAGUAGUAGUAGUAGCUAUGGUAGUAGUAGCUGUGAUAGUAGUAGCCGUGGUAGUAGUAGCCGUGGUAAUAGUAACUGUGAUAGUAGUAGCUGUGGUAGUAGUAGCUGCGAUAGUAGUAGCUGUGAUAGUAGCUGUGGUAUCAGUAGCUGUGAUAGUAGCUGUGGUAUCAGUAGCUAUGGUAGUAGCUGUAGUAGCAGUAGCAAUGGAAGUAAUAGUAGUAGCAGUAGCAGUAGUAGAAGUGGUAGUAGUAGUAGCAGUAGCAGUAGUAGUAAUAUAGUUAUUAGUAGUGUUAGUGGUAGUAGUAGUAGUAGCAGUAGUAGUAGUAGCAGUAGUAGUAGUAGCAGUAAUAGUAGUAGUAAUAAGAGCAGUAGUAGCAGUUAUCGCCGUAGUCGUCGGCCUGCGCCAUUGUCGCCUCCAUUGUCACUGGACAAAGGGAGUAAAGGGGAGUCGUUACUAAUCUCAAGUACCGUUUGCCGUUCUGGAACCACCCAUUCACAUGUCCAAAGUACCGCCCAUUCAACCUCGUCUGCUAUCCAUUCCAUAGCAAACCUCUCAUUCGUGUGCAGUGUCGUCGGGGUGGAUGGUGGUGGUGAUGGUGUGGAGACGGCAGCAGCAGCAGCGGCGGCGGCGGUGGAGAUGGAGGUUUUCUGUCUUCUGCUGUGA